AUGGGCUACAUCGACAAUCUGCAGAGUCCUCGGCUUCCCAGUGACCCAUCCACAUCGAGAGGUGCAGAUACCAACAACUGCUCCUUUAGCGAAAAGUUGGCGAAAUACAAGGUUCUGUCGCUUCAUCAAUCAGUUAGACUGUACGAUGUGGACUUUGGCAACAAAUCUUUCAGAAUUCACACUGAUAUUCAGAUUCUACCGAUGCAGACCAAAAUCAAGGAUAUUGUCAUGCAUAUAGGUGAAUGUAAGUCAAAUGACUUGUUUCGUUUUUGUCUUUAGUUACGAUUAUCGCCGUAGGAGUUAGAGAUGGGUGAAACGAAUGUCUUAGCUCGCUUUCAACGAUAGUGUUUACUUCCAGACUGCUUUCUUCCCAAUGAACAAGGAGACAAUCACUUUGGAACAGUAACCUUAGAUGGAGUCCCUUGCAAAUACCGUCGGAAGCGGUUGGAUUUCAAAUUAGAUAAUCACAUCAAUUCUAUGAACCUAACAUCUCUCAAGAAAUCGUCUUCUGAUGCUUUAGCUAAAUUUGAAGGCGAGUUAUUCAUCGAAGUUCCACAUGAUGUACAACAUAAAAUGCAAGAGCGAAAAGUCAUAGUGUUGUCCAUUGAUUGUCUUGUCAAAUGUCCUGCCUAUGUGAGUUCAUAGGUUAUUUGUUUAUUAAAUUUUAGGGUAUUUACUUUGCAAAUGGAGGAAAACGGGGAGACGGAGCUCAUGUCUAUACCUACAGGUCUGGAUUGAUGUCUAGUACAAAGGAUUGGCUGCCUUGUUUCGACGCACCUGAUCAGCUAAACUUAUGGCGGCUUCAGUUUGAUGUCCCGUUCAAAUGGACAGCAUUAUCUAGUGGAGAACUUGUGGUAUGACGGAAUUGAUGUUAAAACAGUUUGUUCCAGGAAGUGGAAGCGCUGUCAGAUGAGUCUCUUAAGACGUACGUCUAUGUUCUUGGGACCCCAACUCCUGCUUCAAACAUUGGCUGGGCAAUUGGCGACUUUGAAGACACAAUACAGCCGGAGAUGCCGGAUGUAAGCAACGAAAAUAUAAAAAUUUUGGUUUACACUUUAUGUUUCUGUCUGAAUGUCAUUGUUUGGUCCAAAACUGUCGUUUUAGGUAUCUAGCUACAGUCCGCCAGGUGUCCAGUCACUUGUCAAGCACACCUUAGCCACUUUACCUCGGGUCUUUACCUUCAUUGAAGAGACUCUUUCUUGUCGAUUUCCGUAUGCCUCUUAUAAGAUGGUAUUCGUCGAUCAACCUCCAGAAGAAUCUCAAUCAUAUGCUGGGAUAACAAUGUUCAAUAUCAACUUGUUGUAUCAUAAGAAAAUUUUGGAUACAGUUCAAUCUGUCCGGCAAGUCGUCGGAUUAGCGGUGGCCUCUCAAUUCUUUGGAUGUUUUGUGAAUGCACGGUGCUUAGAAGAUCUCUGGGUGGUCAAAAGCUUAGCCAUGUAAGUUCAUCAAUAUGUGGUUGGUUUGAUUUUACGUUGAGGCUACGUAGAUAUUAGUAUUUUACCGGUUGUGUUUUGUUUUAAACCUUGCCUUGUACAGGGUCUUUCAAGAAAUGUGCAGGAAAGUAGGAGGCUAUAACUUUCGGCGGAGGCGGCGCAGAGAGUUCGUUUUUGGAAUAUGUAUUUUUCAGUGACAUUAUUUUUUGCCUACGAAAUAACAAGCUUUUCGAGUGCAAACUGAGGUCGCUACGACCUUCUGAAGUAAAGGCAUCUCUACCCCGAAAACCAGGGUUUUUCGGUUGAAAAUGAUCGAGAAAUGUCGGGGUUUUUGGGGGGUUUCGAUAGAGCUGACGUUGAAAACAGGGAAGGGAAUUGCCAACACGUUGAAAAUUAAGAAAAUAUUCGGCUGCUCUUCAUUCUGACACUUUGGCUAGCCAGUUUUUGUUAGCAGUUUAAAAGUUUGGUUGUCAUUCCUGUCCUUUGACGCCCAUUACACCCUUUGACUAGUUUUUAUAAGACUUCACAGCCAUUCUGGUUCCUUGGCUAGCCGAUUCCAGGUUCCUCAAAUCCCUAAAUGAUGUCACGCUUCUCCGCGGAAGAUACCGAAAAAUAAACUCGAAAUCUGCCCCAAGUUGAGGCUAGCCGAAUAUUUGCUAAAUUUCCAACGUGUUGGCAACAUCCUUCCCUUUUUUCAACGUCAACUCUAUCGGAACCCCUGAAAAAAUCCGACAUUUCUUGGUGAUUUUCGACCGAAAAACUCUGAAAUUUCUCGAUCAUUUUCAACCGAAAAACCCUGGUUUUCGGGGUAGAGAUGCCUUUACUUCAGAAGGUCGUAGCGACCUCAGUUUGCACUCUAAAAGCUUGUUAUUUCGUAGGCAAAAAAUAAUGUCACUGAAAAAUACAUAUUCCAAAAACGAACUCUCUGCGCCGCCUCCGCCGAAAGUUAUAGCCUCCUACUUUCCUGCACAUUUCUUGAAAGACCCUGUAUAUUACACUUGAUUAUUUUUAAGUCGUUGUCGAAUUAUCUUGUUUUCCUUGACUAAUUUGAACAGCAUGCCUUAUUUUACAUGUUCUCACUUUUUUCCCUGCAUCCUAAUUAUUCCGAGAUUUAUGGCCUUACUUUAGGCAUCUAACAGCUCUUUAUGUGGAGAAAACCUUUGGCUCAUCAGAAUAUCACUAUUUGGUCAACAAGUUAAUGGAGCAAAUAUGCGACUAUGAGACAAGUUUCGGCCCGAUUAUACUACAGCCGAAAUCCCCACAGCAACAGAACCAUCUCUACUUUAACCCGAGCUAUCCAGAAACCUGCUCUCCUCAUUAUGCUGAAGCUAGAUAUAAGAAAGGACAAUUUGUAAUGAGAUGUUUGCAACUGAAAUUAGGAAAAGAACAUUUUUUAAAGGUGAGGAGAAGACAUUUUGAGGCUUGUAGUAGGUGAUUAUGUAGUGGGCUGAAAUCAGUUGAAUGUAAUUUACGGGGCUAAAAAAUAUGUUUUUUACAUUCCUAUGCUUUAGGUGCUAAAUCGAAUGCUCGUCGUUGCCAACCAAUUCAGUCAAAAUUUGGAUAAACCUGCCGAAUGGUCCCAUAUGAUCGUAUCUUGCGAGUCCUUCUUCAGAACUGUUAUUUCAGUAACAGGAAGAGAGUUAUCAUACUUCAUGGAUCUUUUUGUCUACAAUGGUGGACAUGCUAAUUUCGAUGUGAAUUUCCAGCAUAAUCGAAAAAGAAAUAUUGUGGAAUUGGAGCUAAAGCAGGAUGUGCGGAGUGGAAGCAAGGGCAAAAUCGAAUAUGUUGGGCCAUUGACCAUUUCAAUUCAGGUAAAAAUACAAUAGACGUAAUGUUUCAUAAAAAUUUUGUUUUAGGAAUUGGAUGGAUGUUUCACACACACAGUCCAGAUCGAUGCCAACACUUCCAAACAUGAUUUGCAGUGUCACUCGAAGGGAAGAAGACAAAAACGAAAGAAAGUUCCUUUAUCGACUGGAGAGGAGUUGGAUAUAGAUCUGAGCGCUCUGGAUGCGGACUCUCCAGUUAUGUGGAUACGCAUUGACCCUCAAAUAGAACUUCCGAGAACUUUAAAAGUAAGCUUGGUUAAAAUUUUUAUUGAUUUUGUUUGAGAAAUUUGUGAACGGAGAAAAAUUUUCUUGCUCUGGGCAAAAGGCUUCUGUUUUAGAUAGCUCAACCUCAGAAUCAAUGGGAAUACAUGUUGCGUUAUGAACGUUGCGUCAUCGCCCAAACUAUGGCCAUCGAAGCUCUGCAGCACUUCCCUCUUCAAAACACCCAUAAUGUCCUGGUCGAAGCAAUAAACAACCCAAAGUUUUUCCAUCGAGUUAGGUCAAGAGCCGCGUUAUGUCUUACAGAAGUGUCAAAUCGACUUCCGGAUGGUCUAAUCAGUGGAAAGCCGGCAUUGAUCGACUUUUUUGAAAAGAAUUUUGGGUGCUCGGCCAAUCCUUCGAUACCAGCUCUUCAUAACUUUGUUGCUACCAGCAGUAAUCUUCAGAGAUACAUUCUGAUGUCGGUAAGUCGGAUCUGCAGUGCCUUUAAGGCGAUCUUGGAUUUUUUUGAGUGGGUUUUGGCCAAAAUUUAAGUUAUACAUCUCAAAAGAAAAUAUUUUAGUCUCUGCCUCCGGCUAUUGGUCGAAUGCGAAGGGAACUGAAGCAUUGUCCUCGAGAGAUCACCCGCUUCUUGUUAGGCCUGCUGCAGUUCAAUGACAACUCGAUUAAUCGGUACUCCGACGACCAUUAUCGCUCCGCCCUGAUUGGAGGCCUGACUUCGUCGAUCACUCAAGCCGAAAGAAGCCUUGGAGAAGCGGGAAGACCAGAGGCAUUGAACGAAGAUAUUGAUGAAAUGAUCAUGGAGAUUACGAGAGCGCUGAAUAUGGAUCAACUAGAGCCGAGUUAUCAUAAAGUUGUGAGCCAGGCUUGUUUGAAGUGCAUUUUGGCGGUAAGUCAUGGGCCGUGUUGCAUCGUAGAAGGGUUUUUAUGGGUAUAAGUUUAGAAAUUAGAGAUAAGAUUUUAGGGAUCGCGUCAGCGUGAUAUAACUCAUUAAUUUUCAGUUACAACGCUUCAAUCACCUUCCACUUGACCCAGAAGUUUUUUGGACUUUUGCCGAAAGUAAAUCAGUCUUCAAUGGAGUAAGUUACCACAUUUAAAAAGUUAACCUUGCAUUUAGCUAAGAAAGACCGCUCUGAUGUGCCUCUGUAGCAUGAUCCGUAGAACUCAUAACCCGCAGCUGAUGCCGACUAUCAACAAAUUGUUCGAUCUCUUGGUGAAAGAUGAAAGCCCAUUUAUCCGUCAUGGUUUAGCGACUCUGAUACUUCCUAAAACGCCAUUUGCAUACAGUGCGGAGUAAGUUUAAGGGAUUGGGACUCUUUUAUGUUGUGGAGGUGCUAUUGGGAUUGAUGGAUUUUUGGUUGAGUAAGAUGUAUUUGUGGGAAGUUAGGGUAAUGUAAUUGAUGAUUGGGUUGAGAAAUAGAUUAAGAAUGUUUGAAAUGACUUCCUUGAGUUGUUUAAUAAAAUAUGUUUUUACUUGGUUUCGCUUUUAGUGUCAUCAACAACCUCUCUUACUUUUCAAACACCAAGGAUAUGGCCACAAAAUUGUGGAAGUUAGCCACCGAUAUGACGCUGGUAAGCACCAAAGAUUUAAUUUUGAUUUUAUAAUUUUAGGAACCAAAAAUUCGCGUGCAAUUGGUCGAUAUCUACUACAUGAUGUAUUUGAUAUACACUCCUCUUGUGUUGCGACCAAAGCAUGAAAUUGAAGAUUUGCAAAGAAGGCAACAUGAAGAAAUGAAAAUGGGCGGCGGGCCGAGUUUGAUUACAUAG